AAUUUAUCUCAAUUCUGUUCCACGUCAGAGUCCUUUUAGCUUUCGGCGCUAACUUCAAUGCUUCUUUUGACGUUAUCGCUUUCGCACGAAUAUUUUCAAUCUCCGAAAGGGUGUCGGUCAUAUUAUGUGGAGAUCAGGAUCAGUGAUGUCCUAACCUGCCACCCACACUGAUGACGUCAAUUCCGCGAGGUCGAAGGUCGUGAAACUUCCUGGUUUCGCGGAAAGUUGCACUCUCAGAAUGAGCCAGGGAAAUCCGUGCCUACUAUGAGUCAGAUCUCAUUUUGGAUCCGGACGUUUGUUCGUAGCCUCCACACUUCACGUGCCUGUCCUGUGGCCAGGCGGACGGGUCUGAGUUUGUACGGAGUGCUGCUUCAGACCACGCUGAUUUUUCUCCGAACUCCGACAGUCCCAGCCAGGAUGAGUAUGGUCCGCACCAUGUCAGACGAGGAAACAGGAGAGAGCAGACCACCUCCAUCUGUUGGUAUUGAACUUGGGGAGGACAUGACGGUACAGACAGCGCACAUCGGGGAGGUCCAUGAGGUGCCUUUACACAUCCUCAUCAGGCCCAUCCCUCCUGUACUCAACGAGACAAAAGUACAGUCCCUCAUGGCAGCUAUCCAGGAUCCAGCCCAGAGACAAAACAUACCACCUAUCGACAUCCUCUGGAUUACAGGCAGCCAGGGAGGGAAUUAUUACUACUCGUUUGGAGGUUGUCAUCGCUACGCUGCAUUCCAGAGACUCGGGGAGGCGACUAUUCCGUGCAAGCUGAUCAGGUCUACAGUACAGGACCUGAGGACUUACCUGGGCGGUUCUACUCCAGACUUACUGUAGGUGGGCGUGGGGGGGGGGAGUUGAAAUUUGCUGGUCCCGCACUUCUUGACUCUGGGACUUGAUAUUUGUGAAGGCAUUAUUGUAAACUAGUAUAUUCAUUAAGGGUCAGAAAAAUAUUAAAACUUUUGCUACUGUAUAUUAUUUGUUUGAAACUGGCAAUAGGAUUCAAGCUCUGAAGAGAGGCAUUGACUGCAUUGUACUAUUUAUCAAUGGAAACCUUGAUUAAUCAAUGGAAACCUUAUUUAUUUUUCUACUAACAGCUACUUUUGUGACCUUUGUGACUACACCACGAAAAAGGUGCUAAAAUUUCCCUUCAUCACCAUUAUGUCUUGUAUUGGUGAAAAAGCUUGUUAUGUAGUAGGAACUGUAGGAAAGGAAAACAACUGUUUAUCAUAUCUCAUGUGCUGGACAUGCUACAGUCAUGAUUUUGGGGUAACAGAUAGCUCUAACAGACUUGGAAAUGGGUGUUUGAAGUCCUGUCAUUGUAAAAUUGCUCCUCAAUGGAACUACUUUUGUAUAUAAAUAAUGCAUAAUAUGACUUCAACAGACAAUGAAGAAAUGUAUACUAAAAGAAAACAACAGCAAGUUUAGUUGUAAGUUGUAUUUUUAAAAUUCACUCUUGUGGUUAGAUAUCCAUAAAAGUCUUGCACAUAUGGAUCCACAGGUCUGCCCAACAGUUGCAGCUAAGAAAUGACACAUUAACUACAGUAGCUUAAUGCAACACAUGGUAAUUGGCCAAGACAAUGUCAGCAGUUGGACAGACGUUGAGUGCACGUUUGACAAUGACAUUGUCUUUCUCUUGAAAUAGAUUGCAGUUUGCAAGUCAACUUAUUGCACAUUAAUUUGCAUAGUGUGGCAAAUGAAGAUAUUAAGCAAAGCAAUUUACAAAUAGGACCAAUUUGGAUUUGAAUGAUUUUUAGAUGAAAUAAAUGGAGUAUGAAAGAACCAUGCGUAAAAGUUCACAAGAAGGUUAAGCUGCAAUCUAAUAUCACAUUGUUUUCAAACAGCUGACCUGAAAUUAUUAUUCUGACAGCACUUAGUGAAAUAUUGCUGAGCAAAUGCUGCAUGUGAUGCAGAGCUGUGCUUAAAACUGUUGAUGAGAUGUCAAUAAUAACUAGGAAUGUGACCACAUUGUAUAUACACAUUGCUGCCUCCAUAUCAUUGUAAACUUUUGACUCCAAGAAUCCAUGGCUGCACUUUCAAAGCAGCCAUAUAUACA